AUCUACCAAAGGAGAUUGAGAAUGCCCCCUGCCAUGUGCAGCUCAUCGGCCGCCGAUUGAAGGAUGAGAAACUGGUGCGACUUGCGGAGGUGGUACAGGGCGUGCUGGCCAAGGAUUCUAAUUAGGCUAAUGUGUAUAGCCCUGGGCAUUGAUAUAUCUGCAGUCUUAUGAAAUUUAUCCAAUGGCUAGAGUCAGCUAUGAAUAUUUUGUCGACUUUAUAUAGGGCAGAAUAGCACUGACGUCACCGCCACAACCCCUCCACAAACAUUAUCGCAAAUCUCCAAACACAACACCACCAAUAUCAACCCCAACCACCAAUUCUCCUUUGCACAAACAUAAUAGCACAAUGUCAACACCACUAACAUCCCACCUCCAAACCCUCUACCACUCCCUCUUCCACUCCGCCACAAGACACCCCUUCCUCCGCGCCGCCGGAACCGGGACCCUCCCACCCCACAUCCUCUCAUCCUGGCUCUCCCAAGACCGUCUCUACGCGCAAUCCUAUAUCCGUUUCAUCGGCUCCCUCCUUUCGAAACUCCGAUUGCCCUCUCACAACCCCGAUCCUGCGAAGUCAUCGCAUGCGACAGCAGAAGGGCGCGCAGUGGACAUACUAAUCGACGCGCUUGUGAAUAUCCGCAGGGAAUUGAAGUUCUUCGGGGAUGUCGCGGCGGAUUAUAAAUUCGAUCUUGAGGCAUUGCCGGUAGAUGUUGAGGCGGAGGAUGUUGGCGUGAAGGUGUUUGGGCCGAAUCCCAUAACGCAUGCGUAUAUCGAUCUGUUCAUGUCGGCUUCUAGUCCUGCGACGACUGUGUUGGAGGGGAUGGUUGUGCUUUGGGCGACGGAGAUUUGCUAUCUGCGGGCGUGGCAGUAUGCUUCUUCCCUCUCUUCUUCUGCUUCUUCGCCUCCCGAGAAAGAUCAAGAUGGAGGCGCGCUUCGGAAACAAUUCAUUCCAAAUUGGACGGAUCCCGAGUUUGAGGCGUUUGUGCAUAAGAUUGGGGAUGUGGUUGAUGAGAUGGCGGGGUUGGUUAAGGGAAGUGAGUCGAGGGAGGAUGUUAUGGGGAGAUGUGCGUUUUGGUGGAGGCAGGUGAUUUGGUUGGAGGAAAGGUUUUGGCCGGUUGUUGAGUAGGAUGAUCAUUUAUAUAUACGGGCAUAGCAGAUCAAGCUCUUUCUCCGUAGUGCGCAAUUCACCAUCAUUACAUACGA